UGACAGAUCAAACGCCAUUUUGCUAUUAUUACAGAAGGUUGCAUUAUCUGUUCGUCAACAAUGUAAAGUGAAAUGUUUGCAAGAUUUUUACAGUAAAUGUAAUGUGAAGUUAAGUUUUAACCCUCGGGAAUAAAUCUAGGGUUAUGGAGGAGUCGAACGAGGAGCUCAGGGUCAUUCCCGAGCUCUACUUUCUGAUAGCGAAAUUUCUGUCGGGCGGUCCUCUGAAAGAAACUGCAAAGACACUGCUAAAAGAGCUCGAGACGAUAGAGGUGCUGCCCCGACGACUCGACUGGGAGGGCAACGAGCACGCCCAGUCUUACGAUGAAUUGGCAUCACAACAUGCAGACAUAUCAUGGCGGCGGCUCGUGUCGGUGUGCGAGCGCGCGCUGUGCAUCGCGCGCAAGGCCCCCGCCGCGCUCUCCGGGGGCGAGGCCGCGCCCGAGCCCGGGGGCGCGGGGGGCGCGCCCGACGCGGACCCGGGGGGCGCGGGGGGCGAGCUGGCCGCGCGCCUGUCGCUGCUCAGCGAGACCCUCGUGCGCCCCAAGCCCAAGUACGCCUCCUUCAAGCAGGACCACACGCUCGUGCGGCGGCUGGUGUCGCGCGAGCUGGGCGUGGGCGCGGCGAGCGUGGCGGGCGGGCGCGGCGGCCAGGCCAUGCUGCCGCCGCGCCUGCUGGGCGGCUUGCAGCUGCAGCGGCGGACGCUGGGCCACCUGUCCGCCGUGUACUGCGUGGUGCUGGACUGCACCGGGCGCUACGUGAUGACGGGCGCCGACGACAUGCUCAUCAAGAUCUGGAGCGCGGCGGACGCGCGGCUGGUGGCCACACUGCGCGGCGUGGGCGCGGAGGUGACGGACGUGUGCGUGUCGGCGGACGGCGCGCUGCUGGCGGCCGGGUCCGUGGACCGGCUGGUGCGCGUGUGGGCGCUGGCGGACGCCGAGCCCCGCGCAGUGCUGGCCGCCCACGCGGGGACCAUCACGUCCGUGCACUGGGCGCCGCCCGCGCGCGCGGACGUGCGCUGGCUGGCCUCCACGUCCACGGACUGCUCCGUGGCCUUCUGGACGUGCUCGCCGGACGGCCACUUCCUGUCGCAGCCGGUGCAGUACGUGGAGCGCAUGAGGCCGGGCGUGUGCCACAUGAUCUGUGCGGCCUGGUCCGCGGGCGGGGCCUUCCUGGCGGCCGGCAGCGCGGACCACCACGUGCGCAUCUACACGGUGGAGCACGAGCCGGGCGGGCCCAAGCGGGUGCUGGAGACCCCCGCGCACGACGACGCCGUGGACAGCAUCGCCUGGGCGCACAGGGGGCUGCGCUUCGUGUCGGGCAGCAAGGACGGCAGCGCGGCCCUGUGGACGCUGCACGCCACGCAGUGGAGGCACGUCCUGCUGCGGCCCGAGCCCGCGCCCGGCGACAAGCGCCUGAAGAUGACCAUGGUGUGCUGGGACCGCAGCGACGCCUUCGUGCUCACGGCCGUGUCGGACUGCACGGUGCGGGUGUGGUGUGCGCGCUCGGGGGCCGCCGUGCGGGCCCUGCGGGGGCAUCGCGACGAGGCCUACGUGUUGGAGGCGCACCCCUUCCUGCCCGCCGUGUUCCUGUCGGCCGGCCACGACGGCCAGCUGCUGGUGUGGGACGCGAACGCGCCCGAGCCGCUGGCGCGCUUCCACAACCGCAUCGAAGGCCACGGCGACGGCGCCAUCUUCGACGCCAAGUGGGGCGGCGCCGCCAGCGUGGCCGCCACCGACUCGCACGGACACCUGCUGCUGCUGGGGCUGGGCCGCGGACACCGCCUCUACUCGCAGCUGCCCACCGAGCUGUUCUUCCACACCGACUACCGGCCCGUGGUGGUGGACGCACUGGGCGGCGCCCACGACGAGCAGACAGACACGCCCCCGCACUUGCUGCCGCCGCCCUUCCUGGUGGACGUGGAGGGCGCCCCCCACCCGCCGCAGUUCCAGCGCCUGGUGCCGGGCCGCGAGAACCUGGCGCUGUCGCAGCUGAUCCCCGCCGCGGACGCGCCCCGCUCCCGCAUCGACUCGCUCAUCGAGGCGCUGGCGGCGCCGGGCGGGGGCGCGGCACGGCGGGUGAGGGCGCGGCGGGGCCCCGGCGGCGGCCGGGCCGGCGCCCGGCGCGCGCCCCCGGGCCCCGUGCGCCCCGCCCCCCGCGCCCCGAGCCCCCCGAGCCCGCCUCGCCGCCCGCCAGCGACAGCUCGGACGAGUGGGAGCGCCGCCCCGACCACGACUCGCCGCACUCCAGCCUCGACCUCUCCGACACCGACACCAGGUACCUCCCACACACCCACACCCCGCUCACAUACAUACUCACAGUCUCUGUAUACAUAUAUAUUGUGUUCCGCAUCGCUAACGCUGCACGUUUCUCUCAGCUCGCAUGCGGGGACCAAGACCGACAGCUCGUCGUCCUCCUCGCAGUACUCGGACUGGGAGGCCGGCGCGGCGCUCGCUCCGCCGGCGCGGGCCCGCCGCCGCCCGCUGCCCACCAACCGUUACAGCCCCAGCACGGUGACGGCGAAGCGCUCGUCGCGCGCCCCCUCGGGGUCGGGGGCGGAGUCCCCCGCGCCCCCCGCCGGGCCCGCGCCCCCGCCCGACGACCUGCCCGACGUGUACCGCCCCGGCGACUGGAUCACCGCCACGCAGCCGCGCAAGGCGCCCUACCAGCCGCAGAUGGGCGACCAGUGUCUCUACUUCCGACUGGGCCACCAGCGGUACUUCGAGGCGGUCGCGGAGAAGGACGUGUACAAGGUGAACCCGCGCGACAAGCCCUGGGAGCGGACGCACGUCUACGAGUGCGAGAUGGUGAAGGUGGUGGGCAUGAAGUACGUGAUCAAGCCGCCGCGCGUGGCGUGUCUGCGGCUGGCCUGCGCGCUGGCGGGCCCGCGCUCCCUCACCGUGCGCUACCACGACAUGCCCGACGUCAUCGACUUCCUGGUCCUGCAGCAGCAGUACGAGGCGGCCGCCGCCCGCGCCUGGGGCCCCGGGGACCGCUUCCGCUGCAUGAUCGACGACUGCUGGUGGACGGGCGUCGUGCUGGAGAGCGCCGCGCCCCCCGCGCCCGCGCCCGCGCCCGGCCUGGCGGGCCCCGAGGCCCAGGCCUGGGCCGCGGCCGCCGCGCAGCAGUUCCUGGCGCUGCGCGUGCGCUGGGACAACGGCGAGGUGGAGCGUCUGUCGCCCUGGGACCUGGAGCCGCUGGACCCGCUGCGCCUGCCCCCGCAGCCGGGCGGGGCCGUGCCCGUCCUGGCGCGCGAGCUGGACGCCGUCCUGUACCGGCCCGCGCCCGGCGACUGGGGCCGCGGGGACCGGGCCGCGGCCUGCCGCGCGCUGGCCGCGCACCUGUCCAGCGUCAUGUCGCUGGCGGCCGCCGAGCCCUUCCUGGCGCCCGUGGACCUGGCCCGCUACCCCGCCUACGCGCGCUGCGUGGCCUACCCCGUGGACCUGGCCAGCAUGCGGGCCCGCUUCGCCGCGCAGUGGUACCGGCGCGCGGCCGCCGCCAUGUUCGACGCGCGCUACCUGGCCAGCAACGCCGAGCUGUUCAACGAGGCCCACGCGCCCAUCGUGCGCCAGGCGCGGCUGGUGUCGGAGCUGCUGCUGCAGCUGAUCGCGCGCUGGCGGGACGCCGACGUGCUGGCCGCCUACCGCGAGCUGGCGGCCGCCUACCGCAGCGAGGACGAGGCCCCGCCCGCUUGGCGCGAGGCCUGCGCCCGCCUGCUGAGCGAGCUGUCCGCGUCCGCCGACGCCGAGCCCUUCCGCCAGCCCGUGGCCCCGGAGCAGGCCCCGGACUACCUGUCCGUGGUGGCCUCGCCCAUGGACCUGGGCACGGUCCGGUCCCGCCUGGCGGCCGGACACUACUCGCGCGCGGAACACUUCGCCGCCGACGUGCGCCGCGUGUUCGCCAACAGCCGCCUCUACAACACCAACAAGCGCAGCCGGAUCUACUCGAUGACGGUCCGCCUGUCCGCGCUGUUCGAGGCGCUGUGGUCCCGCUACCAGUCGUCGCGCCCCCGCCGCGCCCCCGCGCGCGCCCCCCGCGCCCCCCGCCGGACGCGCCGCGCCGCCAGGGAACACACAGCAUCAGAGAUGCUGAACGGCUCCGCGGCGGCGGAAUCCGCCAGCUCGGACUCGGAGACGCUGGCGGCCACCUCCCGCCGCGUGCACGCCGGGGCCGCGCGCGCGCUGCACGACGCGCACGACGCGCGCGACCAGCACGACGCGCCGGACUCCUCCGACAGCGACGUGCCGCUGCACGUGCAUAGGAAAGGCAAGGGCGUGGGCAAGAAGAGCAAGAGCAGUAGCGCGAGCGCCGAACCCGCACCCUCCACCAGCCGCGCGCCGCCACCAGAUUUCUACGAGCCAGUGAACGGCUCAGCGGAGGCGGGGUCUUCGUGGGCGGGCUCGGGCUCCGAGUCGGGUUCCGGAUCCGGCUCCGGCUCCUCCAACAUCCGCGUCGUGGAGGAGGAACUCCGCGACGACGAGGUCGAGCUCUCCUACAGCCCCGCGCGCAGGAAGAGGCGGCGGGGGGCGCGCGGGGCCCGGGGCCCUCCCGCCCGGGGCCCGCGCCCCGCGCCCUCCUCCAGCAGCAGUGCCACCAGCAGCAGCAGCGACAGGUCCCGGCACAGGCCCGUCAAGCGCACUCGUUCCCGCCUGACCCCGUCGUGGUCGUCGUCCUCGUCGUCGUCCGCGUCGGGCGGGUCGCAGGCGUCGCGCGUGUCGCGCGGGCGCUACUCGUCGGACCGGUCGUACCGGCCGCGCGUGUCGUCCGACGAGGACGCGCCCCUGCAGCGGUACCGCGCGCGCGCCCCCCGCGCCCCCCGCGCGCGCCGCGCCUCGCGCCGCCGCUACAACGAGGACAGCGAGGAGGACUCCGUGGCCGCCAUCAGCAAGCGCCUGCAGCACCACCACCACGCGCGCACCCACCACGCGCACGUGGCCCGGCGCCGGCGCCAUCACGCGCAGCAGAGCGCGAGCGCGGAGGGCAGUGCGAGCGCGUCGCACACGAGCGACCACAACUACUUCAACGGGCACGCGCGCGCCGCGCACGACCACGGCGCGGCGUCCGGCAGCUCGGGGGCGGGCGGGGCCGAGGGCGGGGCGGAGGGCGGGGCCGAGGGCGGGGCGGGGGCGGCGCCCGGCGCGGGGGGCGUGUCCAUCUCGUCGCGCGGCCGCGUGCGCAAGCUGACCGCCAAGGCGCGCGGCCUGCUGCGCGACUGA